GCCAGAUUCAUUCGGGAAAGUCCUGGUGUGAGUAUGCCCUUAGCAUCCGUCCCUCCUUGACGUCACUUACUGCGUGCCUUUCUCCACCAGGGACGGAAUUGCGGCCAGAUUCAUCCAUUCAGAAUGCAUGCUAUGGCUGCUACGAGGAUCGUCGUCGGUGGGAAAACGUGGCCAGCUCCCCAUGAGGGGCAGAGCUAUGACAGGAAAAGAACGGAGCAAGUAGUCAAGAUGAUGAAAGGGAGUUAUUUCUCUGCUGCUCUUCGAUGGAGGAGAGAGGCCCGUCUUGUGCAUGCUGCAGAACUAGAGACGGUGCUUGAGACCACUGCUUUGUUGUUAGAGGCUACCACCUCCUCCUCCUCCUCCUCCUCCUCCUCCUCCUCCUCCUCCUUCUCCUCCUCCUUCUCCUCUUCCUCCGCCUACUUCCACUGCUCCUCGUCGUCUUGCUCUCGGCGUACGUGCAGUUUGACUGGGAAGAGGGCUGCCCGCACUGGCUGCGGGAAAGGGUGGGGGUUGUCGUCGAAGGAGGGGGUUUUACAAGGGGCUCCUCACAGCCUUGCCUCCGGGGGGCAGAGGGGGGUGUUUUGGCGGGGGGGGUCCUUGUCAUCACCCCAACUGCGGUUGGGAGAUGGGAGGGGGAGGACGUGGGCGGAGGAGCGGUGGAGCUGGCGGCGAUGGCGAUGCUGUUCGUCGUCGUCGGAAGGCGGAGGCACGGCUGCUGCGGCGCAGUCGGCGGAGUCUCCGGCGCAAUCUGGUGGAGAUGCGCGGGGUGGCGCGGCACCUGAAGAAGAUGGCGGGGCGAGAAGCGCAAGCGUGGAUGCGCAAAACGACAAGACCCAGGGAAUGAGAACGGAGGAGGGGGAAGUAGGCGGAGCUGCCCAAGUCGAGGCUGAAGACGGUACGGCAUUGGCAGCAGGCGCGGGCGCGGCUAUGGCGGCGGCGGCGUCGUCGACGACCACUGUGGACAUGGAAGCCGGAGAAGAGGAGACUGGCGCCACAGCGAUGGCUGCGGAGGUGAAGCCGCUGCCAUCGGGCGAGAUGGUGUUCCGCAAACUGGAGGGAUGGCCUCUCUUCUUUGCACGACUGAAGAUGCUGUUUGCUCCGCCUUGGCAGCGAGUCAAGAAAGGGAGCGCACUCUGCAUGAAGAUUUCUGGGGAGGUCGUCCGUGGUCCAGACGGGCGGACACCGCCGGCCUCCAGUAGGGGACGAGCCUCCAACGGUGUUGUGUCGGUACCAUUGGCGCUGCUGGCCGACUGCAGUUCUCCUUGGCAGCGUGCAUUGUCGGGCAUUGACAGGCGCACGGGAGCAAGGUUUGGUCGAUGCACUCCUCGCCUGCUGCGAUUCAUGGCAGACGCGCUCCGGCGGGUCCCGCUCCUGCUGCUGGCCACUCUUCUCCUGCUGCUUGUGGUCUUGUUGCGCGCGUGUGUCGUCGUGCGGGGUCCGGGGAGCAGACGAAAACGACACAUGGUGAGGAAGGCGACGAUGGAAAGGCGGGAAACCUCCAGCGGACUGCACAGACGUGCGAUCGACUUCUCCACUCCAAACCCGGCGGUAGCCGCGGGUCGUGCACCCGCGUAUGACCCCACGUUGUACAGUCAUCUGCCACCACACGAGCAGCCGUUACCGUCGGAUCUGGAAGAGGAGUGGCUGGAGGAUCUGUCCCACACUCUGCCACUGGGAAGUGGAUCUACGCAGGACUGGAUGGGCAGCCAUUGCCGACAAAGGGAGGCAGAGAGAAGUCGACACUCGUUCUCGGCAAUGCUGGCGGAGGGUAUCGACGGAGGCGACACAGAGACUGUGGACUUGGAUUUCGGCUUGUCAAGCAGGACUGCUGCACCGGUUACGAACUGUUGUGCAUCAAGCCACGUCGCUGCCACGACCGUCGGACAAACGUCUCUGCAUGGGGUGGGAGUGGCGGGGCGUGGCGGAAGGUCGUGUCCGGUGGAUGGCAGCGUAGAUGGGUGUCGUCCGGCGCCCUCCUUCUCUCGAGGCGCGGGAACAUUUGGUCACAAGGCGACGACAGUGUUAAACCACCACUACCUUUCAUAGGCAAACAUGAAGUCCAUCUAGUAGCCUACUCCUUAAAACACGGGGCUCGGGGCAGGGUUGGAGGCCGACGAAAUAAAAAAGAAGAAAAGAAGAAAAGAAUAAAAAAGUUUCAAAUCC